UGCCAAAUCGCUUCUUGAACUUGCCCAGCCAGCCGGGUGAGAACUUAGGUAUUGGUUUGCCAGCGUAUUUAGGGAGGAUAACCUAUAGAUCUUUCGCCUUCGCCUGCAGAACUUCACCAGAGACAAGCUGCCCGCGGGCCUCAAGCUGCUGCUGCCAUAAAAAGAGUAUCUUUUCAAGUAGUUCCCACUUGCCAGAGCGCUGACGGAAGCUUAUAGAGCUGGCGGCAGGCGCAUUAUUAAGAUGUUUAUAGCAAUCCUUAAGCAAGUCAGAGAUAGUAGCCUGCCCAAGUUUACGGCCAUAUUACUGCUCAAACCAAGCAAUAAUAUCCUUCUGCUCUGGCUGCGGCUUCUGGGAGAAGUAACAAGCGCGUAGGGCCUGCCUUUCUACGUCGGAUAUAGCCUU